AUGCAACACGGUACGUUUUUUGCCACUGGAUCGGGUCCCCUAUGGUCGGUCUAAUAUAAUAAGUAGGGACGAAACGACACAGGAAUUAUCAGAAAUUUUUUUUCUAGACCUGAUACGGCGGGCGAACACUUGCGGGCAACCACUUUGCGGGCGGCCGGCAUUUCCGGCCAGCACCGUCAUUUGCGGGCAACCGGCACCUGAUUGUGAGGGUAACAGUGUGGAGGUGAAAAAAUUACUAUGAUAUUUUGGAAAUUUGCCGACGGGCAGGCAAUACUUGCGGGAAGCCGACAUUUGCGGGCAACACUUCCAAAAGUUCCUAUACAGUCUGUGUUAUUGUUUUUUCCUGUUGCCCACAAACGUCGGCUGCCCGCAAGUGUUGGUUGCCCGAAAAUGCCGACAAAUUUUCAAAAUAUCGCAGUUGUCAGAUUCCACGGAACCUGGAGUUAUCCACGAUGUGUCAGCUCGAUGGAAUUUAUGGAGAGAGAGAGAUGUCCCCUGUGUCAACUGUUUCCCUGGUUUUUUUCCCCGAUGUUCGAGAAUGUUCGAUGGAGAGAUCCCGAAGCGAAGCGCCUGA